GGGCAGGGCGGAGGGGAGCUCGUCUCCCGCUUUCUGGCGGCGGGGUCUCCUGGCUUCCUUGCACCGGGGAGCACUCGGCGGCCUAGCCGAAGCGCAGGCGGGCACACCCCGCCCGGACACGCCCCGCGGGGCGCGGGCGGAGGCGACACCACGACCCGCCGCGAGGACCCGGAGCCCAGGCGCGGUCCAGCCCGGUGCGCGCUCGCUGCACGCUGCGGGCCCGGGAGCCCAGCUUCUGCCGAUCAGGAGCUGGAAGGCAGCACCUCCCCUCCCCGGCCUGGCUUCUUCUGCAGAAUCCAGUUCGCUAGAACGGUGUGGUUUGCUUUUUACUCGGUGGGGAGAGAAGCAGACGAUGAGGCGAAAAUAAUGAAUGUCAAAGGAAAAGUGAUCCUGUCAAUGCUGGUUGUCUCGACUGUCAUCGUUGUGUUUUGGGAAUAUAUCAACAGCCCAGAAGGCUCUUUCUUGUGGAUAUAUCACUCAAAAAGCCCAGAAGUUGGUGACAGCAGCAUCCAGAAGGGCUGGUGGUUUCCAAGCUGGUUUAACAAUGGGACCCACAAUUACCAAGAAGGAGAAGAAGACACAGACGAAAAGGAAGAACAACUGGAAGAUGACGAAGAGCUUCAACUAUCAGACUGGUUUAACCCACAGAAGCGCCCGGAGGUUGUAACAGUGACCAGAUGGAAGGCACCAGUUGUGUGGGAAGGCACUUACAACAGAGCCAUCUUAGAACAUCAUUAUGCCAAACAGAAAAUUACUGUGGGCUUGACGGUCUUUGCGAUUGGAAGGUACAUUGAGCAUUACUUGGAGGAGUUUUUAACAUCUGCCAAUAGAUUCUUCAUGGUUGGCCACAAAGUCAUAUUUUACAUCAUGGUGGACGAUGUCUCCAGGAUGCCUUUGAUAGAGCUGAGUCCCCUGCGGUCCUUCAAAGUGUUUGAGGUCAAGCCGGAGAAGAGGUGGCAGGACAUCAGCAUGAUGCGCAUGAAGACCAUCGGGGAGCACAUCGUCACCCACAUCCAGCACGAAGUGGACUUCCUCUUCUGCAUGGACGUGGACCAAGUCUUCCAAGACAGCUUUGGGGUGGAGACCCUGGGCCAGUCGGUGGCUCAGCUGCAGGCUUGGUGGUACAAGGCCGACCCGGAUGAGUUCACCUAUGAGAGGCGGAAGGAGUCUGCCGCCUACAUCCCCUUUGGCAAGGGGGACUUCUAUUACCAUGCCGCCAUUUUUGGAGGAACCCCCAAUCAGGUCUUAAAUAUCACACGGGAGUGCUACAAAGGAAUCCUCCAGGACAAGAAAAAUGACAUAGAGGCCGAGUGGCACGAUGAAAGUCAUCUAAACAAGUAUUUCCUUCUCAACAAACCCACUAAAAUCUUAUCCCCAGAAUAUUGCUGGGACUAUCAUAUAGGCCUGCCUUCAGAUAUUAGGAUUGUGAAGAUAUCUUGGCAGACGAAAGAGUACAGUUUGGUUAGAAAUAACAUCUGACUUUUCAUGGUGCCACACGAAAAACACCUCUGGAGGAGGAUACUCCUCCUUAAACAGGCUGGGCUUCUGAAUUGGAGAGUAUUAUUCUGGCUACUUCCUCAGAAAAGUAACACUUAAUUGUGACUCUUAAAAAAAAUACUAACAAAACAUGCACAUCCUUUUCCUCCUUUUAACUUCAAGGCUUGUAGCAUGGAGAAAGAAUGGUAGGCGUUUGGGGGGGAUACUUUCAGCUAAACUCCCCCCCCCCCAAAAUAAUGAUAAAUUUGUUGCAGGCAAAGACAAAGCCGGAAGUAGCCUUCAUGUGCUAGAUAAUGUACUGGGGGAAAGGGUGCUGGGGAAGUCUUUGGCAACAAGAGAUGAUGGUGGGGGAUAGCCCCCGGUUUCAACACCUUCCGGUCUCUGCUGAGACCAAAGCCACAGAGAGCUGCCGCAGCCUGGGACACACUGGGACACAGCCUACCCUGGUGAUCCUCGGCUGGUUUCCAAGGCGGAUUGCUGGUUCCAGGCCACUUACAGCUCAUGUCCUUUUCCCAGUGGGGUGUUGUUUGGCUUCUAUGGAAAGCUGGUUGAGAUUCCCAAUGGAGUAAGUGCUCGGAGUGGCAGGGAUACUGAAUGCGCCAGCAGUUGCUCAGGGUGAUGUGAAAACGCCUCAAAACGAGUUGGCCAUGAAAUCACAAAGAACAGUGGAGGAGGAGGCUGUUCUCUGGGGGUAGUGCUACCUUGGAGGGGCACAGGACGUGGAGUUGGCACUUAAGGGCAUUGUGGAUCCAGAAGCUGAAUGGGAGGCAGCAUGGGUGAGCUCCAGCUUUCUCAGGCCUGUGACUACCAGAAGACCUGGGACCUGAAUAAAAGAUGCUUCUCGUUCUCCUGCUCAUACUCAGUGUGCAGGCUCUUGCUGUAUCUUCAGGUCCUUGACCAGAGAACGCGGAUGUGUGCCCGACGGAUAAGGCAUGCAGUGGGUUGAAGAGGCUCAUGAGGAGGUAAAAUUUCCAACCUGGGCUUCCUGGUGCUCAGUCACCCUGACCUGCGCUGAUCGGUGGUCAGCAAGUCCUGCCACCUGCUCUCUCAGGAUCUCAGCGCAUCCUGCCCCACCUGGAAGGCUGGUGUCAAGGAAUGGACUAGAGGAAAAGCCCUCCUACAAGUAGCCUCUUGUUUUCUGCUGCCCCUCUGCACCACAGAAGCCGAACAACCAGACACCUGUAAUCAGUGGCUGACUGACUUUCUUGCAGACUGAGGGGCUGGCCAUGGACACCAAGUCCUCAAUGGAACAGCAAACAUUCAGUUCCUUUCUCUAAGGGAAGCUGUGUCACCUACAUGCUCUUUAAAGCUAAGCAAAGGGCUGGGAAGGCAGUCAGGGGGCCUCAUUUGCAUUUGCAAGUAUCUUUCUAUCUACUUUGUGUUCCAGGUUAGGUCACUGGCUUCCAUUCCCAAAUGAUUUGUCAAAAGAGCUAUCACACUGUGUAGCACCAGGGCUUCUUCUGUAAAGUGGAACCUGCAUUUUCUCUUCCAUCUCACAGUGCCUCCCACUCUUCAAUUCUUGCCAAAAAAUCUGACAACCCAGCAAAUAAAACACAAUGAACAAAAAUCCUGAAGAAAUGGACUUUGGGAAAGAAAAGCAGAGACCAACUACAUCAGUUAGUACUCUUGUUCCUCUAUAAUAGACACAGGUUUUCUGGGCCUGCCCUGGAGCAGGGAGAAUUCGUGGUUUAAGUUCCGAACCAAAGAAAUGAUCAGUUCUAUAAUAUUAGCAAAAAGUGUUGGCAUUUACUUUUGAAGGACUCUUGAUUUUUUUCAUUCAUUUAAAUUUAAAUUCUAAAUGGACAAACACAAGAGCUGAUUCACAGUUAUUCUUAAACAUCUAAAAAAUAAAAUUCCUGAUUUACAAUCGAA